GUCGCCGGCUAUAGGCGGGGGCAGCGGCGGUCGUGAAGGUGACGGGGGCGCCAGCGGGAACAUGGCGGCGGCAGCGGUGGCGAUGCUGUGCGGGCGGCGGCCGGCAGCGGGGCUGCUGCGGGCUCUGAAGUAUACAAGCCGUGGCUAUGCAUCACAGCGUACUUUAAAUGAGGUGGUGAUAGCAAGUGCUGUAAGGACACCUAUUGGAUCUUUCCAAGGAUCUCUUUCCUCACUGCCAGCCACUAAACUUGGUUCCAUUGCAAUUAAGGGAGCAAUUGGCAGAGCAGGAAUCCCUGCGGAAGAAGUGAAAGAGGCCUAUAUGGGCAAUGUCCUGCAGGCUGGACAAGGACAAGCUCCAGCCAGACAAGCAGUUUUGGGUGCAGGUCUGCCGAUCGCCACUCCUUGCACAACUGUCAAUAAAGUCUGUGCUUCAGGAAUGAAAUCAAUCAUGAUGGCAGCACAAAGCCUGAUGUGUGGGAGUCAGGAUGUCAUGGUUGCUGGUGGAAUGGAGAGCAUGUCCAAUGUUCCCUACACGAUGAGCAGAGGGGCAACACCUUACGGAGGAGUAAAGCUGGAAGACCUGAUAGUAAAAGAUGGGCUGACAGAUGCUUACAACCAUAUCCAUAUGGGCAACUGUGCUGAGAACACUGCCAAGAAGUUCACUAUUUCCAGAGAGGAGCAAGACACUUAUGCCAUAGGCUCUUACACCAAGAGCAAAACAGCCUGGGACUCAGGAGUACUGAAAAAUGAAAUAGUUCCUGUCACUAUUUCAAAAAAAGGGAAGCCAGAUACAGAAGUGAAAGAAGAUGAAGAAUACAAACGUGUUGAUUUCAGUAAAGUUCCAAAGCUGAAAGCUGUUUUCCAAAAAGAAAAUGGAACAGUUACAGCUGCUAAUGCCAGUACUCUGAAUGAUGGAGCAGCUGCUUUGGUGCUGAUGACUACAGAGGCAGCCAAGAGAUUGAAAGUCAAGCCUUUGGCACGGAUAGUAGCUUUUGCAGAUGCUGCUGUUGAUCCUGUUGACUUUCCAAUUGCACCUGCAUAUGCUGUUCCUAAGAUUCUAAGUGAGACAGGCCUGAAAAAAGAAGACAUUGCAAUGUGGGAAAUUAAUGAAGCAUUCAGUGUUGUGGUGCUGGCCAAUAUUAAAAUGCUGGGCAUUGAUCCACAAAAAGUUAAUAUUAAUGGAGGAGCUGUCUCUCUUGGACAUCCAAUAGGAAUGUCUGGCGCAAGAAUUGUCGUUCACAUGGCGCAUGCUUUGAAACCAGGACAAUAUGGUCUUGCAGGAAUCUGCAAUGGAGGAGGAGGUGCUUCUGCAAUACUGAUACAGAAGCUGUAGCCCAAGCAGCAUCAGAAACACAGCCUUAAAAGCUCUCUGAUCAAAACUGAGUGGUAGCUGUUACAUCUUAUUUAUCAAUCAGUGGAUAAAUUCUGUAACUGGUAUUCUAAAAUUUCCUAAAGCAUCAAUGAUUACUGAUCCAGACAACUGGCCUUUUGUUGCUUUAUCAGUUCAAGUUUUUAUACAGUACAAGUAAGCAAUGUCAAAUUUUAAUUUUGGCUUGACAUCUGACAAUAAAGAAUGUUAACUAUG